CUGAUCACAUGCAUGGAUUGCCUGGACUAGGUGACCACCUCUGUAGAGAUUUGUUGUUUUUUCUUCAUCUUCUUUCUUCACAACUUAAUCAUCGCAGACAAACUUUCAUCUUCAGAGUGGAGUAUUUCUUAGCGAGAACGCUUGCGCCUGUUUGAUUUGAGCUGGAGGGAUCUUGACUGGUAAACCAUGUUUCAACCGACACCGAAGAGGUGUUUCACCAUAGAAUCGUUGGUAGCGAAGGAUAAUCCCCUGCCAGCGUCGAGGUCCGAGGAGCCAAUUCGACCGGCAGCUCUCAGCUAUGCAAACUCCAGCCAGAUGAACCCAUUUCUGAACGGCUUCCACUCCAGCGGCAGGGGCGUCUACUCUAAUCCGGACUUGGUAUUCGCCGAGGCAGUUUCGCACCCUCAAAACUCCGCUGUCCCGGUUCAUCCCGUCCCCCCACCGCACGCGCUGGCUGCUCACCCGCUUUCGUCCCCUCAUAGUCCGCACCCACUGUUCGCUAGCCAGCAACGGGACCCUUCAACUUUCUACCCUUGGCUAAUACAUAGAUAUAGGUAUUUGGGUCAUAGAUUCCAAGGCAAUGAGACAAGCCCGGAAAGCUUUCUUUUACACAAUGCACUGGCGAGAAAGCCCAAAAGAAUUCGGACAGCGUUCUCUCCCUCGCAACUACUGCGGCUUGAACACGCUUUCGAAAAAAAUCACUACGUCGUUGGUGCCGAAAGAAAGCAACUCGCGCACAGCCUUAGCCUCACAGAAACUCAGGUAAAAGUUUGGUUUCAGAACCGAAGAACGAAAUUCAAACGGCAGAAGCUGGAGGAGGAGGGCUCGGACUCGCAGCAGAAGAAGAAGGGCACGCAUCACAUAAACCGGUGGAGGCUCGCGACGAAGCAAGGCAGUCCGGAGGAAAUUGACGUCACUUCAGACGAUUAAAAAACUCAUUUUCUGAGCCUGGGACAGUGCGUGGAGGAUGAUACGGAUAAAGACUGCUUAUGUAGCAGAACGAGAGGGUAAAGACAAUGUCAAAAUUCGCUUCUUUGGACAUCGGCAGCUGAGGGUGAGAGAGGUCCGAUUGGUGGCAAUACUGUCACACAAACAUGGAACUGUCAAUCCAUUUCAGAGUUCCGAGGCGAGGGGAUUGACAGGUAUCACAUG